AUGGUCGAGCAAAAUAGUCGCGAUGCCGUCUCCAGUCCUUCAGACAAGGGCAAGGGCAAAGAAGCUUCCACCGUCCCUCCCUCCGAUGUCCAAACGGCGCCUGAUGAUGGCACAGCUCUACAUCAGCAAGGUGACCGAAAUACACCGCCCAACUCCUCAUUUGCAUCCCGCCUUACGGCAUCUGCGGCCAGCCUUUCUCGCAGCGCUCUGACAGCUUCCUCUGCCACCGAAACCAUCCGUAACGGAACGACGGGAGCGAAAGUUUCACCCGGAACUUCCUCCUACUCUGCCCAGGGCUCCGGAAGCCACCGAGAUACUGCUACGUAUCGCAGUCCAAGCAGCGCGAACCCCGGCACCGCCACGGGCUUUGGUUCGGCAACAGGUCUAUCCACCGCUGGUGGACAGCAGUAUGAAGACUUCAUGGAUGCUCAAGCUCAAGCGGUUCUCGAUGACCCCUCUCAGCCUCAGAGAUCAGCCGAGGUUCAGGAAAGCAACUCUGGGAUCGUCCUUGUCAGCGAACACACUCAACACAUACCUCUCUCAUCAGGCAUCAAGUCCGAUUUCCAGAUACAAGAGGCCAACGACGGCCUAGGCGUUGUUGAUCUACUAAACUCUCUCGAGUUGGAUGGGUUUGACGUGAAUGAUGACGACCUGCAGACGUAUAUAUCCCCAGAAGAAGAAUUGUCGCUAAAAAGAGCCCUUUUCGACGAUGCCCAUGGAAGAACUGCCUCCAACUGGACCUCCCUCCUCGACUUCCAGCCCCAUUUUCUGAAUGGAGACGAUCCCAGCGAAUUAUUGCAGCAUUUUGGCGUCGCAGAUGUGCAACAAGCCAGAGCCAUGUGGAUGGAAAGCUGGAACGAUGUGCUUACGAGCUACACGGACGAAGUUUGGGGUGACCUCGGGUCCCUCGCCCGACAAGCGCACCAAGAAAUUGAAGGGGCGCGCGGAGAUGGGACAGAAGCUACGACAGGCCCCGGCGAGAUGCAGGCACUUCAACGGCUCAGACAGAUUCUGGCCCAUGUUCGAGGCCGUUAA